UCCAGCCGCUUCGGCAGCCGCUGAUUGGCUGCGCGGGGCCGGGCAGCCUUCACUCCUGCCGGAGGAGCAAGCCGGACCUCCUUCACUCUCGCUCCGGUGCGCCAUUCAUAAAAGUGCGCCGAAGCGAACGGGCAGGACCAUGAGCGAGCCGCAGCGUCCAGGUCGGACUUUGUAGAGCCGAGAAGCAGGAGUAAGAACUUUUUGGGUUUGGGCUAUCUAAUCUUUUUUUUUUUUUUUUUUGGAGCUGCGUUUUGUGUUCCCCUCACCCACCCCACCGGUAAGCGUUGGAUCCGUCAGCCUAUUGCGACUCCCCGGCGUACGGCCCGGACCUGUGCCCCAACAUGAUCGCCACCCAGGCCAAGCUGGUGUACCAGCUCAACAAGUACCACGGCGAGCGGUGCCAGGCGCGCAAGGCCGCCAUCGCCAAGACCAUCCGCGAGGUGUGCAAGGUGGUCUCGGACGUGCUGAAGGAGGUGGAGGUGCAGGAGCCGCGCUUCAUCAGCUCGCUGAGCGAGAUCGACGCGCGCUACGAGGGCAUGGAGGUCACGUCGCCCAACGAGUUCGAGGUGGUGCUCUACCUCAACCAGAUGGGCGUGUUCAACUUCGUGGACGACGGCUCGCUGCCCGGCUGCGCCGUGCUCAAGCUGAGCGACGGCCGCAAGCGCAGCAUGUCGCUGUGGGUGGAGUUCAUCACCGCCUCGGGCUACCUGUCGGCGCGCAAGAUCCGCUCGCGCUUCCAGACGCUGGUGGCGCAGGCGGUGGACAAGUGCAGCUACCGCGACGUGGUCAAGAUGGUGGCGGACACCAGCGAGGUGCGGCUGCGCAUCCGCGAGCGCUACGUGGUGCAGAUCACGCCGGCCUUCAAGUGCACGGGCAUCUGGCCGCGCAGCGCGGCGCAGUGGCCGGCGGCGCACAUUCCCUGGCCGGGCCCCAACCGCGUGGCCGAAGUCAAGGCGGAGGGCUUCAACCUGCUCUCCAAGGAGUGCUACUCGCUCACCGGCAAGCAGAGCUCGGCCGAGAGCGACGCCUGGGUGCUGCAGUUCAGCGAGGCCGAGAACCGGCUGCUGAUGGCCGGCUGCCGCAAGAAGUGCCUGUCGGUGCUCAAGACCCUGCGCGACCGCCACCUGGAGCUGCCCGGCCAGCCGCUCAACAGCUACCACAUGAAGACGCUGCUGCUGUACGAGUGCGAGAAGCACCCGCGCGAGGCCGACUGGGACGAGGCGUGCCUGGGAGACCGGCUCAACGGAAUCCUGCUGCAGCUCAUCUCCUGCCUGCAAUGCCGACGCUGCCCGCACUACUUCCUGCCGAACCUGGACCUCUUUCAGGGCAAGCCGCACUCGGCCCUGGAGGCGGCCGCCAAGCAGACGUGGAGGCUGGCCAGGGAGAUCCUUACCAACGCCAAGAGCUUGGACAAAUUAUAAAAGAAAAA